AGAAAAAUAAAAAUGAGCAAGAGACUAAGCCAACAACUUCAAUUAAACCUCACCCUUCAACUCCCACCAUGCAAAACGCCAAACCCUAGCAAUUUUCUUCUCCUAGAAAUCAUUUUCCUACAUUUUCUCGCUCGAUUCUCUCUCUAUUAUUUUCUCUUUCUCUUCGUUUCUUUUCGUCUCUUCCGGUGCGAUUGGAUCUGAGUGACUUCUUUUACAAUUCCCACUCUGUUCAUUCAAUCCGGAAGAGAAAUCCCCAAUUUCUUUUAGCCUUUUUGGAUCUUUAGGAUUACUCAAUUUACCGCUUUCUUUUUGUUUUUGUUUUCUUGGUGAUUGUAGGAGUAGUUAGGGUUGGCAACCUGAAUUUGGAUGAUUUUUUUAAAAGCAGUUUGGAGUUCUUGGGGAUAGGACCAGUUAGGGUUUUGUGGUUUGACUUUCGGUUUAAUCGUGAGAUUUCGGGGUUUCUCUCUUUUGGUUGAUUGUUCAUUGUUGUUCUUUUGUUUGGAGUUUUUAGAUUGAAGUGGUAGUGUGGUGAAGUGGCUAAAGAAGGAAUUGUAAGCAACCAAUGCCAUUUUCUUGGAUUGGCGUUCGACGAAUUUUUCGGUGAUUUUUUGCAGUACCGAAUAAGAUAGAGCUUGAGCUUAUCCAUGUCUUGGGCGGGACCGGAAGAUAUUUACCUUUCUACUUCUCUUGCUAGCUAUCUUGAUAAGAAGCUACUUGUGCUUCUGCGAGAUGGCAGAAAGCUCCUGGGAAUACUACGUUCUUUUGAUCAAUUUGCCAAUGCUGUUCUUGAGGGUGCAUGCGAAAGAGUUAUUGUUGGUGAUCUCUAUUGUGAUAUCCCUUUAGGUCUAUAUGUUAUCCGAGGCGAGAAUGUUGUUUUAAUUGGAGAGCUGGAUUUGGAGAGGGAAGAACUUCCUCCACAUAUGACUCGCGUUUCAGCAGCGGAAAUUAGAAGGGAUUCACCAAUGGAUUUGAAUCAAAGCCCAUCUGUUUAGCUUAGAUAAGGGUUCCAAUUCCUAGUGCUAUACCUGCGACUGCAAUUAACUAACAUGCAAAUUGAAGGUAAAAGCUGUCUUGACUUGUACUGUUUAGGUCAAAAAAGGAUGACACUCAAGGACUUGCCACAUUAAUUUAAUGCAACAAUGAAUAAUUGAAUAUGCCUUUCAUUUAUAAUUUAAGCCUAUGGUAAAAUUAAGAUGUAGAGAUUCAAUGCAUUUAGGUAACUUCUAGUUCUAUGUGAAGGAAACUGCUAUAUUUAACAAAGAGAAAAUCUUUAUGUAAGGGCUUUUUGCCAAAUUUUCUUUAAAAUGUUUGCUCUCCUCUGCAAGUCAAAGAUGCAUCUAUUUUAGUGGAUUUUACCUUUCUGAACAUGCUCUUCUGUGGAGACAU